AUGCCUGGGUUAAACCUCCAGGGUGCUUCGGCCAUUGUCACGGGGGCAGGCUCCGGCAUCAACUUGGCCUUUGCACGGGCCCUUUUUGAGAAAGGCUGCAAUGUCGUGAUCGCAGAUAUCAGCCUGCGACCCGAGGCACAAGCGUUCGUCGACUCCGCCGCAAAGAAAGGCGGCCCCAAGGUUGUCUUCCAGCCGACAGAUGUCACGGACUGGGCUCAGCUGGAAAGGACGUUCGAGGUUGCGAAGAAAGAGUUUGGCGCCGUGCCGGACCUGGUGUGUCCCGGGGCUGGAAUCUAUGAGCCCCCGGAGUCCGGGUUCUGGGGGGACGUUGACUCGCCCUCCCACUACAAGCUCUUCGACAUCAACAUCGUGCACCCGAUCAAGAUGACGCGAAUGGCGAUCCGGCACCUGAUGCGUGCAAAGAAGACGGGAACCGUGGUCUGCAUCGCCAGCGUCGCGGCCGAAACCGUCAGCGUCAUUACGCCCCUGUACCAGGCCUCGAAGCACGCUGUUGGCAGCUUCAUCAUGGGCAUGGGUGCUGCAGAGAAGUUCAGCGGCGUCCGCGUCGUCGGAGUUGCUCCCGGGGCCAUCGCGACGCCUCUACUCCUGGAAGACCCGGGCGUCAAAGGCUGGGUGGACCCCACCAAGGACAAGAUGCUCGAUCCCAGCGUGAUUGCUGACGCCAUGGUCGCGCUGGCCGAGAACCCCAACGACCGGUAUCCCGCGGGCACGCUGCUGGAGGUGGUUGACGAGGCUGUCGACACCUGGCGCAGCAUCCCCGUCUUCAAUAACCCGGGGCCCCCGAGGUUGAACUUGGUCAGCAACAAGGACAGCGCACUCGUGAAGAUUCAGAAGAUCUUGAAGGAGGAGGCCGAGUGA